AUGAAGGUAGCUGUGGUUGGGCUGAUUUGCCUUUUGGCUCUGAUUGAAGCGGCUUCGUUGGAGGAUCAAAUUCGUGAUGUUCAGGCGGCAAAAGUCAGGGUUAAGCGCUGGUCCAAGUCCCUACCCCGUGGCCAACGCCCGAACCGUAGCGCCCCGCUAAAGGCGGAAGACGAUAAGGAAAACCCGGAAAAGCCUCGCGAAAAGCGUGAAAUCAUCGAGUCGCGAAAGAUGGGUGAAGCACCGCGUGUACAAGUUCAGGCUAUUCAAGCAGAAGGGCCAGGGCCACUGGAGCAACCCGUGCAGCCGGAGGUAAUUGAAGGCGAGCCGGGGCGAGAAGAGGGCCCGGCGGAUCGGAAAGUUGAUUCGGCGUGCAUUGUAGCCGUGAAUUCGGAAGAAAAUGAGGAUGAAAAUGAGCCAAUCCGGGGCAAGCGCGACGGCGAGGCGGAAGAAUUCGAUUCGUUUGAGGCCGAGGAACCGAGGCGCGAGCAACGAGAGGCUCCGCCAAAAACGGACAUCUACGUCCGCGUGAAGCGCGAUACCGAGGAGAAGCAC